CAACAAAACAGCCGUCUCCGCCGUGAGCUCCUCACAAUCUCCGGUAGUGUGACCUUGUGCUCGCCGCCGCCCCGGGCUCUGUACAGGCAGCCGUGCUCUGUGCCUGCACUGCCCCCUACAUCUACACCGUAUACCCCCCAAUCCCCGGAGCCAUGCGCCUCAUCCAGAACAUGUGCACUAUUAGUGAAUGCCCCCCGGGCACCAGCACUGACUCUGCGGGCACCAGCAAUGGUCCGGGAGGCAGCAGCAGGGUCAUCAAGAUCGCUGUGGUGGGAGCUAGCGGAGUGGGCAAGACAGCUCUGGUGGUCAGAUUUCUCACCAAGCGGUUCAUCGGCGACUAUGAAAGGAAUGCAGGAAAUCUGUACAGCAGACAAGUCCAGAUCGAUGGAAUGACUUUGGCCAUCCAGGUGCAGGACACGCCGGGUGUACAGCUCCAUGACCAGAGACUGGAGUGUAAUGAACAGCUGAACAGAUCUAUCCGAUGGGCAGAUGCCGUAGUCAUCGUCUUCUCCAUCACAGACUGUAAGAGCUACGAGCUGAUCAACCACCUCCACCAGCACGUGCGCCAGCUGCACCCUGACAACCGAGUGCCCAUUGUCAUAGUGGCCAACAAAGCGGACCUCCUGCACCUCAAACAGGUGGAACCGCAGCACGGACUUCAGCUGGCCAACAUGCUGGGCUGCACUUUCUACGAAGUCAGCGUCAGCGAGAACUAUAUAGACGUUUACAACGCGUUUCAAGUACUCUGUAAGGAGAUCAGCAAGCAUCAAACCGCCAGCACGCCCGAGAAGAGGAAAAAUUCCCUCAUCCCUCGGCCAAAGUCUCCAAACAUGCAGGACUUAAAGAGGCGCUUUAAGCAGGCCCUGUCUGCAAAAGUCAGGACUGCCACGUCUGUUUGAGGCGACCACGCGCGGCAGCUGUUCUUUCUGUUCUUCCAAACAAGAGCUUGUGAGGUUUUGCGGUCAAGGAUUAUGUUUGACAUUGCUGAUUUGGAGGAGGAUCACGAGUGACAUGAAGGCUUCAGAGGAACCUUUUUUUUUAUGCGGCACAGAGGAGUAAAGCGGCAUAUGAACACCAAAGAGAUGGUUCAGACAUGUGAUCGGUUGGAGUUGUGCGCUCACAGGCGGAGGAGACGAGUGAUGGACGCGUUGUGGACUCAGAUUCACACUAAAUACUGUGGGCGAAAGUUGGAGAAUACUUUUGAAGUAGCAGACAUCCCCAUGUUCAGGUUUUCCCAUUACCACAGUGUACAUUGUCCCUUUUCAUACACCAUGACGUACUCUUGUUAAGUAGACAGAGGUCACGUGUUCCUCUCUAUACGCACAGAUCAUAGAGGAGGUGAUAGACGUGCUCGUGGCUCAUGAUAUGCCGCUCAUAACUCUUGGUGUAUUCACGCGACAUCUUCAGUCUACCAUAAAGCGUUGUAUAAAUGUGCUUUGUAUCUGCACUUUUCCUUACUGUGGUAAAGCUAAGUAAUGUUUGGGGUGUUUAAUCCAGCAGGGGGCACUGUUUUCAGCUAUGGAUUUGAAGAGACACACAGCUGAUGGACAAAUGUUGAAGUCUCUUACAUUUGGCCUAGAAAUAUUUGGCUAAGACUUGUAUGAUUUGCACUUUAAAAGCCACCCGUGCUUUUUGCUUUGUAAACUGUAACUUAUUUAUUUUUGUGUACAAUAAAUGCCUAUGAGGCUAACUUUU